CCUGUUUAAUGACAACAUUUUGGUAGAUCUUUCGGUUGCAGUUCAAACGUUUUUCUCGCUUUUUUACUUCAACAGAGCUUGUAAGAGACGGAUAUUCUUAAGCAGUAUGACUUCAAAUAAAAAGUCGUCCAGAUGGGAUGAUUUCUUUGGAAAUUUGUUAAAUGGAGGCGAUAAAAAGACCAACUAUAACCACGAGGACGACAUAUCUUCAAGUGAAAUAUUAGGGAUAUGUUACACCGUAAUAAAUUCCCUUAUUCUUCUGUCAAACUUGUGGAUUAUAAUGCUUAUCGUCUGCACCAGACUACGUAACAAAGUCUUCUGCUGGAAAAUUGUCAUUUGUUCUGUCGGAGACAUCAUAUUCGGGAUCAUCCUCCCAUUUCAGAUUAUGUCAUCGUUGGAUGAAAGAAGAGCGUGGUACUAUGGUGAACUGUUUUGCAAUAUAUCGCAUUACAUUUCGUCAACCCAUCUCAUGUUCAUCGCAUUAGCUUUGUGUUCGUUAUGUUCUGAUCGUAUCUUGAAAUCUAUUUUGAAACAACGAUGUUGCUUUAUUAGUUGCCACGUGCUUCUGUUUUUAUUACCAUUUGCCGGAGUCUAUUUUGGACUUAUCCCAAUCCUUGUGCGAAGCAACAUCGUAUCAUUUCAAAAUUUUACCGUCUCAGAUGAUAAAUACGCUUUUUGUGAGCCUUCGAAGGACUAUAAAGAGAAGAAAAUUCUAGCCGUAGUCGUCUCUGAAAUUCUUCUUAAUACCAUUUUUCUUCCAGCUUUGCUUCUUCUCGUCAUUUUGGUCAUUUACCGUUAUAGAAAACGUCAGACCAUACAAGACAUUGAAGACAACGAGAACGAGACAAAUCACUCGGCAGUUUCCGUGGACGACACGAAGUUGAUGUCAUCCAGCAUUGUAGUGAUUAUAGUGACGAUUGUCACGGUUGUAUGCACAAUACCGCACAGUGUUCUGUAUUUCUGUUCUCCCGAUUGUCUUUCUGAAAACGAGACUAGAACAACAAAUGAUGCGUUACGACAGUACGUGUAUAUACUAUCGCUGAUACCAUCAGUGGCACGUCCGUAUUUGUGGCUUUUUGAUGUUGACAUACGAUCUUCCGUAAGACACAUUUGUUGCCGUUGUUGCGAAAAUGAUAAAAAGAAAUAAUUGUUUACUGGUACCGUUAAGUGCAGGACAAAACAGACAUUUUGUCAGUUGACAGUUUAACAGCUAGUGUAGAACUUGUUUUUUCAUAUUGUGAGUCUUAAAAAUAGAGAAGUAAAUCUCAAAUGAACAAGCAUAAAAAUAAGAUGUGCAUUUCCUUUGUCAUUUCAUUUUGUUCCCUUCUAACAGAAGUUCCCCUGGAAUCUUUGUUAUAAAUAAUGCCAUAAUAACUGUUCCUUUUGGAACAACAUUUUAAUAUUCUAUACCCUUUAUUCCAUGUAUUCUG